AACCUAAACCAGACCAUCCCACUAUUAUAUCUACUCUUCUCCUUACUUGUAUAUGGUUGACGAUUGACAUUGUCUGCCGCACUGGUAUAAGAUAGAUCCAGUCCAAGGAGAAGAAAAGCUUAAAGCAGUGAAAUUGAUUGCAUUACAAAUGCAAAUGCCUCCUACAGCCUCAUUCUGUUCCACCUGUCCCUUGUCCCUUUUCUCUCCUUCUUCUGUAACUUCUCCUACUCCUACUUCUAUUUGCUGUUUGGCCAAACUCACUACUAAUUAUUAUCCCAAGCAACUGGUCUUGCCCUUCUCCUCACGUUUCAAAUUCCAUACAUCCUCUAAUCAACAAACCUUCAUGAUUCGAGCUGCCGUUUCUAUCGAGAAGGAAACUCCAGAGACCCAGCGGCCCCAAACAUUUCUCCGGGAAUCUGAAGGUGGAGACAUCCGAGCGCGCUUCGAGAAGAUGAUAAGGGACGCACAGGAUAGUGUGUGCGAGGCCAUUGAGGCAGUCGAUAAAGCGGGUAAAUUCAAGGAGGACGUCUGGUCCAGACCAGGGGGUGGGGGCGGCAUCAGCAGAGUCUUGCAAGACGGCGCCGUUUGGGAGAAGGCUGGAGUCAACGUGUCGGUCGUCUAUGGUGUCAUGCCCCCUGAAGCUUAUAGGGCUGCCAAAGCCGCUUCUGCCGAUCACAAGCCUGGACCCAUCCCAUUUUUCGCUGCUGGGAUCAGCUCUGUGUUGCAUCCAAAGAACCCAUUCGCACCAACAUUGCAUUUUAAUUAUCGUUAUUUCGAGACCGAUGCUCCCACAGACGCCCCUGGAGCACCUAGGCAAUGGUGGUUUGGUGGUGGGACUGACUUGACGCCAGCGUACAUCUUUGAGGAGGAUGUGAAGCAUUUCCAUUCAAUUCAAAAAAAAGCCUGUGACAAAUUUGAACCUACUUUUUAUCCCCGAUUCAAAAAGUGGUGUGAUGACUACUUCUAUAUUAAGCAUCGAGGUGAGAGGAGGGGACUUGGAGGAAUAUUUUUUGAUGAUCUAAAUGACUAUGAUCAAGAUAUGCUUCUUUCCUUUGCCACAGAGUGUGCAAAUUCUGUGGUACCUGCGUACGUUCCCAUUAUAGAAAAAAGAAAGGAUUUGCCAUUUACUGAUCGCCAUAAAGCAUGGCAACAGUUACGUAGGGGACGCUACGUAGAAUUUAACUUGGUUUAUGAUCGGGGUACAACAUUUGGCCUGAAGACAGGUGGUCGAAUUGAAAGUAUUCUUGUUUCUCUACCACUAACUGCCCGAUGGGAAUAUGACCAUAAACCUGAAGAGGGAAGUGAAGAGUGGAAGUUAUUGGAUGCUUGCGUCAAUCCAAAAGAAUGGAUCUGAUUUUCUUCCAAAUGAAUAUCAUGUACUUUAGCCCCUUCUCCUUUCAAUUUUUCCCUCUUUUCCUAUCGUUAUUUUUCUUUAGAGUUGGGAAAUGUUCUUGUAUCUGAAAUAAGAAGUCUAGUAUAACAGCUGUAAUUUAUUAUGAGAGGUAAUAGAAUAUUUGGUUGCAAAAUA